GGACCAACGACCAUUCUACUUACUGUCUUUUUCUCUUCAAUGGAAGAGUAAUGUUCUGUCUUCCCAAUUAAUGAUUUAUCAAAACCAAUUCCCAAAUCCUCUCCCAUAAUGUCCUCCCCCUCUACACCCCGAUCGACGCGCUCCGCGUCGCGAACGGCAGAUUCGCCCGCCAUGCUCACCCCCGGGCAAAAGAUCAAGGCCAUGAUGGCUCAAUUCGACAGCGACUCAGAAUCCGAUGACAACACGUCGAAAACCAAAUCGAAACCCCAGAUCACGAAAUCCAGCAUCUUCAAUCGCCCGUCAUUCGCGACGCAACCCGACCAAGGGAACGACGAAGAUGAAGCUGAAGACGAAGACGACGACAUCAUCAUGCCCAGAGGCCGAAUGGCUGCUCGCUUGCAGGCCGAGAAUCAGACCGACGCGUCCACGGAACCUGUUUCUGCGAUGGAGCGGGUUUCGAAAAGUUUAAAGGAGAAGGAACGCGACGAGGACGCCGCCGGGUCGUCGGAUGAUGAUCUUCCCACGGCCGGUCCGAGGAGGAGGUUGGCGAAGGCGAAGAUCAGCGAGGAGCGGGACGACGACGACGACGAUAAUAAUGCCCGGACGCCGUCGAGGGCGCGCUCGUUCUCGCCGCUGUUCAUGUCGCCUGGUUCUGAGCGGAAUGAGGACAAUGCCUCCGAUAGUGAUCGACCGCAGCCGAAGAGGAACGCGCGGUUUGAAGCUCUCAUUGCGCAGAAGCGCGCGGAGCGAGAAGAGAAGGAGAAGCAGGAGAGACAGAAGAAGAAGGAGAGGGCUGAAGCGGCGAAGCUGGCCGCGGCAGAUGACGAGGACGAGGACGAGGAUAUGGAAAUGGAGGGUGAUGGGGGAUCAGCGCGUCAGGCUCGUCCCGCUCGAAAGGCGAGUCGCAAGGCUCUGGAGGAUAUGAAUCGCGAAACGCAGCGGAUGAGCCGAAACCUGCAAUUGGCGCAUCAGGCGACGACAUCGAAGAAGAUUUCCAAGGAGAGUUUCUUGGCUCGAUUCAAUUUCAUGCAGCCGGAGCAGCAGAAGGGACCUUCGGAUAACUCGUCGACUACGAAUGGUUCUCAGAACUCCUCGGACGAAGAGGCCCAGAAGAACAAGGAAACGCCCCAAACGUCCCCUGUCAUGGGGCCUUCGGAUAAGCCGUCUCACGGUGCUUCGACCGAGGCUGCACAAAACCCACAGAUUCCUUCGCUUGAAAAGCUAGUCGAGCAGGCUCAGCAAAUACCGGAGCCCGUGGUAGGACGAGUGGAGGAUCACGCUGCCAACCCAGCGCCGGACACAGUGGACGUCAAAGGAAAGAAGAAGCUUGCAACGGCACCCUCCGUCCAUGUUCGCCUUUCUCGGCAAGCUGUCGCGAAGACUCAGAUGGACGACUCGGACAGUGACCUGGAAGUUGUUACGUCCCCUGCGAAAUCCCGCCGUCUCGCCGUGUUUGAGAAUGUUCCAGCCAAAAAGACCCAGGAGUCGUCUGCUCUGCUCAAACUCAAAGCUCUGGCUCAUCUCACAUCCCCUACUCGUCACACCACCAUGAACAACGCCGAACUGUCAGCAACCCUAAUAUAUCAGGCCAAGAAGCAGGCUGCCAAGGAAAGGCAGGAGAAAAUCGACGAACUCCGAGCGAAAGGCGUGAUCAUCGAAACAGCGGCUGAGCGCGCCGCGAUGGAAGAUGAACUGGAAAACCUGGUGGAAAAAGCUCGAAAGGAAGCAGAGGACAUUGCGAAGCAAGAGAGAUCGGCGUCUAAGAAAGAUGAUGGUGAUCUGGAUGAUGACGAUGAAGACGAGGACUACGAAGGCUCUGAAGAUGAGGCCGACGGCGAUGGAGAGGAUCAAGAGGACGAGGACGAGGACGAGGACGAGGAUGGCGAGAAAGAGCAUAACUUGUUUGACUCUGAAGCCGGCGAAGAUGACGAGUCGGAAGAUGGUCGCAGUGAAGUCAUGUCCACCCGGGGACCUGAGGUGCCCACUCAACGGCGGAAACGACCUACUCGGGUUAUCGAAGACGACGAGGAUGAAGAGCAGGCACCAACAACACCCGCCAGGCCGAUCAAUGCCACACCAUUAUCCGUGGAACGACCCCAGAUCCCUGGGCUGCCUUCAAAUGAUAUGACGAUGAGCCUGACUCAGGUCUUUGCAGGCACCCUGGGUGGAAGCCAACAAGAUAGCCAGCCUCCGUCUUCAACGAUCCCCCACUCUUUGCCGGAUCCUGCUCAAAGGGGCGGAGAAUGGCAAGAGUCCGACUCGCAGAUGAUUGUCAAGGACAGCCAAGAACCGCAGGCCCAGACCACCGAUCUUCUAGCCCGGUACACUCCCUCCGACACCCGAGUAUCCGAAUCUCCUGCGCCACGAGCGAUGUCCCAGUUCUCUCAGAUCCCCGACCCGACACAGGAUGAGGGCUUCGUCCUCUCUCCUUUCGACCCUUCGAAGAGAUUUAUGGGCACUCCCACGUCAACCAUAGAGACCGUUCUUGUCGGACGGGAACAGUCGCAAAGCAACUCUCCUGUUCCGGACCGGAAGAUGAAGCACCUGCGACGCGGCCGAGUCGAGCUCUCUGCUAUUGAAGAGCAGGAGGAGAGUGGGUUCGAAAUUGAUGCCAGCGCCUUCAAUGUCAUGAAGAAAGCGGCGAAGAAGCCCAACGUCGAGUUCGAUAGGAAGAAGAGCAAAGCCAAGGACGUGGUGGAGGAAGCGGCCGAGGAAUCCGAAGACGAAUAUGCCGGUCUGGGAGGUGCCAGUGACGAGGAGGACGAGGAAGAAAAUGCGUACGAUCGGCAGAUGAUCAACGACAACAGCGGCGAGACUGUUGACGAGAAAGAGCUGGCAGCUCUGAACGCUGCACACCAGAGGACUACGGACGAGAAACAAGUGGCCAAGCUGAUGAGGGACAUCACGACCGGUGCUCUCCGCCGAAGACGAGGACAGGACGAUAAUAUGGACCUGGAUGAUUCAGACGACGAACUCUUGGCCCGACGACGACAGAAGCAACGAGAGUUUGCCCGCAUGCGGAACGCCCUCAUGGCCGACGGAAAGGUUGGCGAGAUCGCCGACGACCCCAAGAAAGCGGCAUUCUUCCGAACCAUCGAGGAUCAUGACUCGGACGACGACGUUUUGGAUUUCUUGGACGAGGAGGGCCCCGGAUCUCAGGAGUACUCAUCCUCGCAGGAUGUGAAUGCCGGCGAGCAACAAGACACGACGGCCGAGGGCGGCAACAAGAGAAAGCGUCCUCUGGAGGCCAGCGCUGAGGAAACCUACAACCGACCGCCUCCCAGCCUUCGCCGCAAGCCGGCCAGCGCGAUGUCCAAGAAACCUGCCUCGCUUGCGGAGAUCCGUGAAAGCGUCUCUUUCCUCACGGAGCGACCCGAAUACGACUCGUUCCAAGAAGACGCAUCCAUGGAGGACGAGGCACAUGGCGAAGAACAGCUCGAUAGCAUCCCGGCCGAGGAGGAACCACAAGAAGAUUCCAUUCCACGCGUUCACCCGCGUCGCACGAAGGGCCCCGUGGUGGAUCGUCUUGCACUCCUUCGACAAGCGUCAUCCAAUUCGGCUACGUCGGCGUCCAGCACACGGUUUGCCUUCCACGCUGGAUCCGGGGCACCGGGCUCGGGCAUUGGAUUCCGACCACCUCCCAUGCUGCGCAAGAGCACGACGGGCUCUUCCUCGACGGGCGGGUCGUCCAAGUCGGACUCGCGACGAGCGUCGGCGGUGUCUGGCGGAGGGUCCAUGGCCAAGAAGGGAGCGGUCAAUUACUAUACGGCUGCUCGCGAGAGAGAGCGCGAGAGGGAGCUGCGCACGCAGCAUCGUUCAGGCGGCUCCAACAUCACGAAGUUGCUGAACAAGCACGCCGGCAACCGACUGGGUGCUUUGGGAGGAACAGGACAAUGGGAGUAGAGAUUGCCGGUCAAUCUUUUUUUGGCAACUGGACAUACCUGUGGAGUUAACUGGAGUUCAUACAUGAUGAUUUUAAU